AUGUCCCUUGUAUGUCUCUUAUGUAGUAUACUAACCCACCUACUUCUCUUCUUGUUGUUCAAUCAAUCAUUGGCCAUUCCUGGCACGUACAACAUUUUAGAGUUGGGAGCAAAACCUGAUGGGAAAACUGAUUCAUCCAAGUCUUUAUUAAGUGCAUGGGCUGCAGCUUGUGGCUCUACCAAGCCAGCCGCAAUUUUUGUACCAAAAGGAAGGUAUUUUGUGAAGCAAGCACAAUUUCUAGGACCAUGCAAGAAUAGAGCUAUAUGCUUUAGAAUAGAUGGUACCCUUGUGGCUCCUUCAGAUUACAAAGCCAUUGGAAAUGCUGAUUUUUGGCUUCAAUUUCAAAGGGUUGAUGGAGUUUCCAUUCGCGGUGGCAUUCUUGAUGGCCAAGGUACUGGUCUCUGGGGUUGCAAAGCCUCCGGCAAGAAUUGUCCGACCGGCACAACGACAUUGGGAUUUACCAACUCAAACAACAUUGCAAUUGCCGGCCUAACUUCUCUCAAUAGCCAAUUGUUCCACUUGGUGUUCAACGGCUGCAACACCGUGAAAUUGCAAGGAGUAAAGGUUUCGGCGGCCGGAAACAGCCCCAACACGGACGGGAUUCAUGUGCAAUAUUCAUCAGGAGUCACAAUCUUGAAUUCCAAGAUCAGUACUGGAGAUGACUGCGUUUCAAUUGGUCCUGGCACUACAAGUUUGUGGAUUGAAAAUGUUCUUUGUGGCCCUGGCCAUGGCAUCAGCAUUGGGAGUCUUGGAAAAGAUUUUGAAGAAGAGGGAGUACAGAAUGUGACAGUGAAAAGUGUUACCUUCAGGAAUACACAGAAUGGUGCAAUGAUUAAAUCAUGGGGUAGACCAAGCAAAGGUUUUGUCAAGGAUGUUUUGUUCCAGCAUGCCACUAUGAUCAACGUCCAAAACCCCAUCCUUAUUGACCAAAAUUAUUGCCCGGAUAACAUCAACUGUCCUGCACAGGUUUCAGGCAUAAAAAUAAACGAUGUUACGUAUCAAGACAUCCAUGGAACAUCAGCAACAGAAAUUGCAGUCAAAUUUGAUUGUAGCAAGAAGAAUCCGUGCAGUGGGAUAAGAUUGGAAGAUGUGAAAUUGACAUACAAGAAUCAACCAGCUAAAACAUCUUGUGCCAAUGCUGCUGGAACUACACUUGGUUUGCUUGGCAUUAAUAGCUGUCUGUAA